GGUCGGUGUGCGACCUGUGGAAACGUGCCUGCUUGCAACCCGUACUGUUCGUUCCUGGAAAAAUGCGGCACACCAAAAGAGUUGAAGAACCGGUACGUGUGGACUUCUACCAUAAAUUUAAGCGCAACAGAAUUUAACAAGAUAUGAACAUACGCGUUUCAUUGUG